AACAAGAAAAGCUUUCUGUUGGCAAACCGAAGUAUCUAUACCCUUCCAGAUCGUUUCCGUGAGAUCAUGUUUUUCUUUGGGUGUACGAGUAGAUGGUUGUGAGCAACAUAUAAAACAGGUGUCUGCUUCAGGGGCGAGACUCAGUUCAUCUGGCGUUAGCGAUAUAAUGAACACAAUCUGCGUGCUAAUGUUGUUCUUUCUGCUGGCAAUGGGAGUAGCAGCCGCGGCUCCUUUCCCAAGCAACGAUCCUACCGUAUCUAUUCUAUCCUACAACAAUGACCAGGACUUGGAAAAAAUUCAGCGGGAGAUCAUAGCGCAAUACGAAAGGUUCGGAGGCACCACCUAUGUGCAUAGACCGCUGACGGCCAGAGUUAUUAACCCAGCCUAGGGACUACCAUUUAAUGCUCCCCGAAAAUAAAUUAAAAUAAUUUUUGUGCAUCGUAAA